AUGGGCAACAUCUGCUCCCGCUCGUCCAACGAGCCCGAAGCAUUCGCCAGUCCAGGACAUGUAGUCGGCGCACCGACCCAGUCCAAACCAGCCCCACGCGCUACAAUCCCCGCAAGCAAAAGUUGGAAAUCUACACCGGGGCGCACAUUAGGCGAAACCUCACUGGGUGGGACGCAAGGGGGAGCCGGAAUAGAUGAGGCGCGGUCUAAUGCCGCCAUUGCGGCACAGAAACGGGCCGAAGCUGCCUCAUCGGCUAGUAGGGGAAAGCUUGGGUCUAAGCUAGCUGCCCAGAAGGCUAAGACUCCUGCACAAACUUUGAAUGAGGCAAGCCAGACUGAGCGGGCUGCUCGAGAUGCCGAUGACCAGGCAGUCGCGCGACAAUGGGAGUAA